AUGGCCUCUUUGUUGCGGUACAGACCGCCUUGUCUGGCCCAUUUCUUCUACCUUCCAUCUACCCUUCCCCUUCCCCUUCCCCUUCCCCGUCCACCCACUAUCAUUCAUACAAUUAGCACUAAAUGUACAAAACAUUUCUUCUCCGACCCAUUGACUCGUUUGUCUCGGAGCUCGGCCAACUCGCCACAGCGACUAAUGCCUGAGCAGGUCGCCUCGCGGUGUGAUGGUGGAGCCGCUUCAACCAGCCACCGGCCAGACGGGCGCCCACUUGCCGAGGCUCUCCUCUACCCACCCGGCGCUACUGUUGCUACUGCCGCUACUUUUGCUGUUGCUGCUACCAAAUCUUCUGUUGCAAUCUUCCUAUACACCGUUCAUCCAUCUCUUUUAUGCGACAUGUAG